ACUCUUGCAGUCACAUCGGAACGAAGGCAAGAAAGGAAGGGGGUUGGUUUGUCAACAGGCACAGUAUACUUACUCCUUCCACACACACUGUUGCGUUCUGCAGAAAACUCGUCUAGGUACUGGGGUACCUGUGCUGCAGUAAACCUUGUCCAGGUCCAGUCUUAUGGCCGGUUGCAGCCCCAUCUUCUGUGGGUGUUUCUCUCAGGAGCUUUGAACCUGACGGUGUAUAUGAAUAGUCCUACCGAGUAACCGUGUCGGGGGCUGGUGAGCACUUCCACCAGUGGGUUUGGAUCUAAGACAGUGAGUUCCAGCAUGUAUAAUUUGAAGGCAGAAUGACUACCGAUCAGGAUUUGAAGAUAAGUGGGGAAGCACAGCCUGCAGCUGCUGCUGAUGAGGGAGAAGAUAUCACUCCAAAAAAGGAUCGAGGGGUCUUGAAGAUUAUCAAGAGGGCUGGUACUGAAAAUGAAACCCCCAUGAUUGGAGAUAGAGUUUCCAUUCAUCAUAAAGGAAUGCUCUUAAAUGGGAAAGUGUUUGAUUCCACUCAUGAGAGAACAGAGCCUUUUACAUUUCACCUUGGCAGAGGACAGGUCAUAAAAUCAUGGGAUAUUGCUGUGGCCACAAUGAAGAAAAAGGAAGUCUGUCAGUUAAUAUGCAAGCCUGAAUAUGGAUAUGGGACUGCAGGCAGUCCUCCCGAAGUACCACCUAAUUCUACUCUUAAGUUUGAGAUUGAACUUUUGGAUUUUAGUGGCGAGGAUUUAUAUGAAGAUGGUGGAAUUAUUAAGCGAAUAAAAGUGAAAGGUGAAGGCUACUCCUAUCCAAAUGAGGGUGCUACAGUGGAGAUUUAUCUAGAAGGGCGGUGUAAUGGCCAGUUGUUUGAUCGCCGAGAUGUGAAAUAUGUGAUUGGAGAAGGAGAAGAUCAUAACAUUCCCAGUGGUGUUGAUAAAGCUUUGGAGAAAAUGCAAAAGGGAGAAUACUGCCUCCUACAUCUUAAAUCACAAUAUGGGUUUGGAGAUGCUGGUAAGCAUGAGUUCAGCAUUGGACCUGAUAUGGAACUGGACUAUGAAGUUACUCUCAAGAGCUUUGAAAAGGCCAAGGAAUCAUGGGAGAUGAAUACAAAGGAGAAGGUGGAACAAGCAGCUAUUGCUAAGGAGAAAGGAACAGCAUACUUCAAGGCAAGCAAGUACAAACAAGCGGUUGUUCAGUAUGGAAAGAUAGUGUCCUUAUUAGAAAUGGAGUAUGGCUUAUCAGAUGAAGAGCGCAAAAUCAGUCAGUCGUUUCUGCUGGCAGCCUUCUUGAAUUUGAGCAUGUGCUUCCUGAAACUGAAAGACUAUAUGAAGGUUGUGGAGUGCUGUGAUAAGGCACUUGAACUUGAUAAUACCAAUGAGAAAGGUUUGUACAGAAGAGGUGAGGCUCGACUCUUCAUGAAUGAGUUUGAUUUAGCAAACAUUGAUUUCCACAAAGUUUUGGAGGUUAACUCAGAAAACAAAGCUGCGAAGUCUCAGAUUGCUGUCUGUCGAAAGAAAAUAAAAGAGCAUAAUGAACGAGAAAAAAGGGUCUAUGCCAACAUGUUUCAGAAGUUUGCAAAUCAGGAUGCAAAGAAGGAAGGCAGGAAACCAUCUUCUGAAAAGGAUGAAGCAUUGGGAAGGCUUUGGAAGAUUCUUCAGAUGAAGAAUAUAAUGAAGAAUUUGAAGACGAAGAAAAAGAAGAAGAAUAACAAAAUAUCUGAACAAAGAAUGGAGAGGAGGGAUAAUAUAUGAGCCGGAUGCAAAGAAGAAGACACUUUUCAAUUUGGUUUACUCAGCGCAUGGGACUAAAUGGCCUGUGUGUAACAGUUGUUGCAGUCAUGCUGCUAUCUCCUAGAGGUGAGCAACAUGCUUCAGCAACUGUUCUUGCCUGCACUUGUGGCACUCCCAGGUAUGCUCAGCAGCAGAUGUUUGCAUUUGUGCUGUAAAAUGGACACACUGGGACUGCCAGAACUAAUGCUGAAAACUGCAAAGACUAUUUGUUUUCCUUUUUUUUUUUUUUUUUUUUUUUUUUAUGUGUUAUUUUUAUAAUGUUGAAAACCAGGUUCGUAAGUGAGGUAAAACUCAAGUAUUGUAAAAAAUCAGGGCCUUUAGGACACUUUUAUAUUUUCAGGCUGGUUAGAUGCAAUGGGAUUGAAACCAAGACAUUCCAGAUGAUAAGAUCCAUAUUACUUUCUUCAAGCACUGACUUGUAAAUUUAUUUCAGAAUCAAAGACUAUAGAUAAAAAUGUCUUCAAAGUGCAUAUUAGCCAGCCUAUACAUUUCAUGAGUGUUCCUACCUUAAAAACUCAUUGCACUCUGGUGAGGAAGCAAAGGAAUAUGUUUUGUAUUGCCAUGCAUUGGCACUGCAGUGCACGAUACACAGAUAGCAGUGUUAUAUGUGGAAAAUGGGGUGACGGUAAUUCUCCAUCCUUAGCCUCACCAUCCUUUCAUGUAUGGGUUAUUUCCCCUGUGUAGAAGGAGCAGUGUUAUAUGUGGAAAACGUGGUGAUGGUAAUUCUCCAUCCUUAGCCUCGCCGUCUUUUCAUGUAUGGGUUAUUUCCCCUGUGUAGAAGGAGCAGUGUUAUAUGUGGAAAACAUGGUGAUGGGAAUUCUCCAUCCUUAGCCUCACCAUCUUUUCGUGUGUGGAUUAUUUCCCCUGUUUAGAAGGAGCAGUGUUAUAUGUAGAAAAUGUGGUGAUGGUAAUUCUCCAGCCUUAGUCUCACCGUCUUUUCAUGUGUGGGUUAUUUCCCCUGUGUGGAAGGCACCACUACCUCUUAUUUGUUCCACAGCAGGAAGCUGUAGUAAGCUUCUGGGCAGAGCUGGGGUAGCUGUCACUUACAUUAGCUUAACCAGCUCCUGGCAUUAGCUGCAUAUUAGGGCUUAUCAGUCUCACUGGCAACUAUCUAGAAGUUGUCCUGGUCACUCAACUUUUGUGAGAAAUAUUUUAAGUAUUUAUGCAGAAAAAUGAUUCAACGGUAGUAAGCUAAGUAGAACAAAUAAGAAUGUUUUUGAAAUGUGUCAUUUUUUAGUAUGUUAGACAUUUUAUUAUUUUAGCUGUAUAACUCCUCCAUUCUACAAAUUGCUUGUAGAUCUGUUUAUGGAUGUGAACUAUUCAUUGCUCUAAGGUAAUUUCUAAUAGAAAAAAUUAAGUGAAUUUCA